UCCAACCUACGGUUGCAUCUGUGAUCGACUAGAACAUGUCACACUCACGCCCACCACCAUCAGAGGCAAAUGUUGGAAAAAUGAUUGAUUUCAAGUGGGGCGAUAAGAGAGGUGUUGGUGGGAAAAAUAAAGACAUCCAGUACUAUGAGUCCUUUGUUUACGAGGGUGUGGAGUAUUUUCUGUAUGAUUGUGUUUACUUGUACACUGCCGGCCAUGUUGAAACUUCCAUUGGCAAGCUUGUCAAGAUAUUCGAGACACGAAAUCGUCAAAAGAUGAUCAAACUUGUCUGGUUUUUCCGGCCCUUCGAUAUUCGUAAUUGGCUCGGACAAUAUAAGCCGUGUUGGAAUGAGUUGUUCUUGGCAUCUGGUGAGGGCAAAGGUGUUUCCAAUUUCAAUUACCUGGAAUCAAUUAUUCGAAAAUGCAGUGUUAUUUGCACUUCAAAGGACAAGAGAAAUCCUAAGCCAUCAGAAAUAGAGUUAAAGAAAGCAGACUACUUUUUCAAUUGCACUUUCGAUGUUGUAAGGGGUGUAAUCAUUGAUCAAUUUACUAAUGAGAUUGAUGGAAUUAGAGUGGAGCGGUUCUUUAACAGGAAUGGGGAUGAAAAAACCAGUAACCAUCUGCAUGUUGGGACAGAUAUAAGACCCAAAAUUGUGAUUAAGACUAGGACUAAUCCUUGUACUAUCUCACAUUGUCAAGUUAAUGAUAAAGCUAAAGUUAGGACUUAUGAGAAUGUUUUGCCAAAGCAAUCAUCAGAUUCUUAUACAUAUAAAAAGAGGAAGAUUGUAGAAGAGAAGCCAACCAUUGGCCAAAUUAGCAAAACCCCUAAGGAACAGGAAAUUGAUGAGAAGAAGGCAGAACUCAGACAGGAUGAAAGAGUCAAAACAAAUAAAAAAGUUAUUGAUGUAAUUGAAAGGCCAGAUGCAGAAAAAAGAAGGUGGUUUAAGAAAAUGCCUUGGGAUGAAAGACUGCAGACAGCUCAAAAGAUGGGUACCUUGGUUUUACUGAAUAAUCUAGAUCCAUCCUACACGUCAUUUGAAGUAGAGGAUCUUGUUUGGUGUGCUCUCAAAGCAAGGGUUGAGGCAAGGAUGAUAGAAUGGAGCCCAGGUUCCAGUAAAUACUAUGGUAGAGCAUUAGUUAUUUUUAAGACAAAAGAUGCAGCUGAAUCUGCAAUAUAUCAGUUGAACAAGAGAUGCCUUGUUCUUGGAGAAGGGAGGAUUGUCAGUGCCAUCAAGGGAACUCUACGUGAGCCUGGCAAGAAAAAAAGAUUCACUGGCCAUUUGGUCCUUGACAGAGCUGCGCAUCAAAGGCAACACCAAGAGAUGAGAAAUGCAGUAUCAACAUCACAUUGCUCCCAACCCAAUACAAUUGAGUACGGGAUGGCCACUGAAUGGAUACUGCAUUAUGAGAAGUCCAAUGCAUGCUGGAAUGCACUAUAUGAGGUGGAGCAUGAAACAAAUGAAGGAGAUACAAGAUGUGAGGAGCAAGCUUAAAAUGGACAGGAUUUUUUCUGUUGAGUCAUUGUCUAAUCCUACUUGAUAAAAAGAAUUUUCUUUUUCUAACUUCUUCUAGACAUAAUUUUGAGAGGGCGCGUUGAAGUUAUGUUUCCGCAUGUACAAGGAAAAUUGUAGGUAGGAUAGAUUCAUCUCCUCCACCCUGUUUUGUAGGGGACUAGGGGCCAACCUAUGUGGUAUGCACUCAAAUAUAAGUUGUUAAUUUUUGUUUUUUUGUUAGUGGGGAAAAUGGAACCCACAAUCUCACUUUUUUCUUUUACUAUCCAAUUAAUCUUAUAACUCCUUGGCAUGAAAA